AUGAAAAAGUCCCUGGAGUCUAUUAACUCAAGGCUUCAACUUGUAAUGAAAAGUGGCAAAUAUGUCCUGGGUUACAAGCAGACUUUGAAAAGAAUCCGCGAGAGCAAGGCCAAACUGGUCAUCCUUGCUAACAACUGUCCUGCUCUGAGGAAAUUAGAGAUUGAAUACUAUGCAAUGUUGGCAAAGACUGGAGUCCACCACUCCGGUAAAUACUACAGAGUGUGCACACUGGCUAUUAUUGAUCCAGGUGAUUCCGAUAUCAUUAGAAGCAGGCCAGAACAGCAGCCCAGUGAGAAGUAA